GAACUCUCAUUGGCUGCUUAUUGAAUAAAAUGAGAGAAAAAUUCAGAAAGUUCUUCAGAAAUUCUCAAACCUCAGGAAGUGUCACUCAUCGUCAUCAUCAUCAUGGCUGACUGGACCGACUGUCUGAACUUCGGCAUCUCUGUUGCUAAACAAGCCAGUGAGAUUGUUCUGUCAGCGUUUCAGCAGCAGAAAGAAGUGAAGCUGAAAAGUUCUCCAGCUGAUUUGGUGACAGAAACGGAUCAAAGAGUUGAGAAGAUCCUCAUCUCUGCCAUCCGGAAUAAAUACCCAGAACACAGGUUCAUUGGGGAGGAGUCUGUAGCAGCAGGUGAGUGUCUGGAGCUGACUGACUGUCCAACCUGGAUCAUUGACCCCAUUGAUGGGACAGUUAACUUUGUACACAGGUUUCCGUUUGUGGCUAUCUCCAUCGCCUUCACUGUCAACAAGCAGACGGAGUUUGGGAUUGUGUACAGCUGUGUGGAGGACAAACUGUACCACGCUCAGAGAGGAAGAGGAGCAUACCUGAACGGACAGCCGCUGCAUGCCUCUGGGCAGGAAGAUGUUAGCAAGUGUGUGGUAGUGACGGAGAUAGGGGCGGAGCGUGAUGACCUCGCUCUAUCCACCAUGACCUCCAACAUCUUUAGGCUGCUGAAACUACCUGUACAUGGUGUCCGUGCAUUGGGGACAGCAGCAGUUGACAUGUGUCAGGUGGCGACUGGUGGAGCCGAUGCCUACUAUCACAUCGGGAUGCAUUGUUGGGAUAUUGCUGCCUCUGCAAUCAUCGUCCAAGAAGCUGGAGGUGUCAUCAUGGAUACAGAUGGUUCAGAGUUUGACAUGAUGUCCAGAAGAGUCAUUGCCGCCAGCUCCUCCUCUGUGGCCUUGUGUAUCGCUCAGGUCAUCCAGGUGUUUCCCUGUCGCCGUGAUGAUGAAAACUCCAGCAGGUGUGUCUGUGGAGUGACAGGUGUGAACAGAGUGUAGUGACAAGAGAUGUGACAGAGGUGUGUCAGAGAAUCAUGUCAUAAUCCUGAUUUUUAAAAUAAAGCCUGAAACCUCUCCUGA